AUGUCGAAAGAACGAAACCACCGCAGCGCUUGUGCUCGAAGAAAGAGGCGCCACCGGUCGACGUCUCGCCCGUCGCGGCAGUGGGUCAUUGUGCAACUUGCGGUCGGAGACUGUAGAUCGCAGGGAACGAUGGAGUUCCCUCUCAAGACGGACUUCUUCCCUCAAGUGAGACUCACAGCCGAGGAGCGACGUCGGUAUGUGGCCGCGGGAGAACGCAGUGCUCUGAUACUUCGCAACUCCAUGAAGACACUGGACUGGAAGAAAACCACGGAGAAGGACGGCGUGACAUACGCGCAAGCACAUUGCAUCGAAGGCAGCAGCAGCGUGUCCAGUUCUCCAACCGAAGAGGAACCGCAUGCAACUGCAUCAGCAUGCUUAAUGAUGAGUGCUACGGCGUUCGCGGCUGGAACCAUCAGUGAGGCCCUCGAGGCGCUAGCGUCCCCUGUUACAGAGGAUUACCGUCGUGCGAUGCAUUUCCUGCACGGACCCCGUUUUGUCGACGGCGUGUGCUUGCACACGAUUCCAGCCGCAUCUCCGAACAAGGCGAAAUCAAACUCUCAAGCAUUUACGACCAUUAAGUGGGCGGCUUUCGACGAUGGUAAGGUGCUCAAUCCGGCAGGAGGGUCUACUGGUACAGACUAUUGCUUCCUCGAGCACUCGGGCAUCCACCGUAGUGACUCUGGUGACGAUACCAGCGAACUCUUUGGCUUUAGUGUCCAGGAGUCGAUCACUCGUGAAGGUGAAGUGCCCUCGCUAGCUGGGGUUGGUCUGGCACGGGGCCAUCUUCAUCGUACGGGCAUCCUCAUCCUACCUACAGAUCGCUCCGAUGUGGUUCAGGUCACUUCAAUUCUGCAGAUGCCAAUGGCAGAAGGUGUUGCUCUCGGUGCUGCAAACGAUUCCAAUGGAGGUGUUUCAAGUUCUGGGAAGGCAACUUCAGCGGCCUUAGCUCGACUGAUGCGUCGCCGUGUCGCUGCAAUUGGGGGACUGGAUUUGCUGCUGGAACGCCGCCGGCUUAACAAGUUAGUGCAUGUUCCUCGAGCUGAAUGGGUUGCCGAUGACGCACGUAAGGCCUGUGCCGUGUGCGUUAAGCCGUUCGCGCUUAGACGGCGCAAGCAUCACUGUCGGCACUGCGGGGAGGUCGUGUGUGCGUCCUGUGCCCCUGCGCGUCAGGUGGACAUGGACUCCGAUACUACAACCAAUGUGCGUAUUUGUACAGCCUGCGUCGUGCAGUCACGCACGGGGUCACAGGCCCCUGGUGGCUAUGACAUUUUCGUGUAUCACCUGCGGAACACUGGAUCGUCGUUGUCGUCUCCAUCGUCGACAAACUCCAUGAGGGAAAACACUUUAACUGCCAACAACACAACAGAGAUCCACACUCGACCAAAGUCGCUGUCAUCUGGAAGCAGCACGUUCUCAAUCUCGAGCGACUCGCAAAUGUCUGCACGACUGACACGUGCGGGCUAUGCGGAGGGGGCUAUCAGAUUGUAUGACUUUGAAGAUGACCACUUGGACGUGUCGUCGAGAAACUCUAGUAGCUAUUCUCUGAGUGAGUUCGACUCCUUUGGCAGUUUAGUCUCCAUUGAUCUGUCCAACCAGGACGACGUAGAUCACCGUCAGCGCACACCGAGUCAAGGAAGAAGAAGCAGCCAGCCUACUAUCAGCUCACCACAGUCGACAAGCAGCAGCCUGGAACCAGCUGAUGAUCUGCUCGAGCGCAUUCGAGGAAUGAAAGCCGAUCUGUCAACACUAACGACGUCUUACCGGCAAUUCAGCGAAGCUAACAGCUUCAGCCGCAACUUCAUUGAGCCUGGUGCACCCAGAUCUGCUCUCACUUUGCUAGAGUCGGAAGGCGCAGUACAUGACAGAAGACGGCGGACGAGGAGCAGCGAUACCGAGGGCUUCAUGGACGUUGACUUCAUCAACAGUGAGCAAUUCACGUUACUUUGUCCAGAGACGCUGAGUCGUCAAUGGCGUACGCGAACUAGUAGCCGCGUGCGUCAGGACGCCGGCGAAAAAUCUCACCUCAGCGCGAGUACCUCUAACAUGUCAUUUGUGUCUACCUUGUCCAACUCGACGAUGCUGGGCGAUGAAGAGAACCCAGAGCUGCGCGAGUCUCAGGAGCUCGAGCGCGAGGGUUUUGGCGUAGGAGAGCGCAGUGAAAGCCAAGCGGAACUGCUGGCACUCAGGCAACAGGUCGAAGGGCUCCAUCGAUCAUUGGCGGCGACAACAUCGCAGCUCGACAGCAUUCGUACGCGUCAAUCGUCCCGCCGGGCGCCGCAGCAGCAACAGCCGAUCGACCCGGUGGCUGCGAGGCAUCACGCCAUUUACGGACUCCUGGUGGAGGAGCUGCACGAGAUCAUGGGGCUGCCUCGCCCCGGACGCGAGCAUUAG